ACAAUCCCACUUUGUAACGAUAAAUCUGAAAUUGUACACAAAUAGCAGUUGGUAAAUUUGCUCCAAUCGAUCUCUUUCCCCCUUCUCUCACCAACUCUCUCUCAAGCAAAAAUGCAGAGCAAUAAUUCUACUGAAGGAGACACAUUCCAUAUCCGCAAACUGGAGAUUUCAGACAAAGAAAAAGGUUUUAUUGAAUUGUUAAAACAAUUAACUGUUUGUGAUUCUGUAACAGACGAAAAAUUCAAGGAAAGAUUCGAAGAGAUUUCAAAAUAUGGAGAUGAACAUAUUAUUUGUGUAAUUGAAGAUGUUAAAUCAGGAAAAAUUGUUGCAACAGGAAGUGUAUUUAUUGAAAAGAAAUUCGUAAGAAAUUGUGGAAAAGCUGGACAUAUUGAGGAUGUUGUUGUUGAUUCGAGUACACGUGGCAUGCAAUUAGGUAAAAGAAUUGUUGAGUAUCUUGCUAAUCAUGCUUAUUCUAUGGGGUGUUAUAAGGUAAUUCUUGAUUGUACUGAAGAGAAUAGGCCUUUUUAUGAGAAAUGUGGUUUCAAGAAAAAAGAGAUUCAAAUGGUUAAGUAUUUUGUUUGAUGAAUAUUUGUGUUGGUCGCAAGAGUCGGGAUUUUGAGUAUAUGAGUUCUUGAAUCUAGGACAGAAUAAGUAACACAGAGUUCGAGCAAGUUAUUUUGAGUAUAUGGGUUCUGGAAUCUAGGACAGAAUAAGUAAUACAAAAUUCGAGCAAGUUACUGGGUUCUGUCGAACCCGACCCGUAGCUAGACUUGUAGCUCCGGCACUAAUGUUAGUUGGUUUAUUGAGCUUUUUUGGCAUUAAUAUUGGAAGAUUGUUGUUUCUCGUCUUAUUUCUUGUAAUGAAUUUAUUGAAAAGAGAUUCACAUGGUUAAGUAUUUUGUUUGAUGAAUAUUUGUGUUAGUUGCGGAGUCAGGAUUCUGAGUAUAUGAGUUCUGGAAUCCAGGAUAGGAUAUGUAAUACAAAGUCUGUGCUGAAGUUACUGGGUUCUAUCGAGCCUGUAGCUAGACUUGUAAUCUUGGAAGAUAUGUUGUUCCUCGUUUUGUUUCUUGUAACGAGUUUAUUGAAAAAAGUUUCACAUGCUUAA